AUGUCGUCUCUCGUUUUAGGUCUGGCCAUCCUUGCUGGCGUGGCUCUCCCGGUACACGGAGCUGCGCCAUACUGCCUCCCCGGAGACGACUGCUUUCCGUCGGACGAUGCGAUCACGAAGUUUAAUGAGACCGUUGGUGGUAACCUGAUCAAAACUGUUCCGUAUGGAGCCGCCUGCUACUCUGCGAGCUACAAUGCCGGAGAAUGCGCAUCGCUUGCCGCCGAAAAGAGUGACAGCGACUACAGACUGGAACUUGCAUGUAAGAUGCCAGUCACGAUUCAUUUCAUUACCAAACUCUUAAACUACAAGAGAAGAGCCAAACUCGUCGCUGAAAUAUUGAGUCUAGCCGGUGUGAUGUACACCAACUUCGAACAGUAUGGGACAAUUGGGUGCCCCGUACCAGAUUCGAACACGAACGGGUCAGCUCCAGCCGCGAUUGAGGGAGAAUGCACCAUCGGCAACAUGCCGUCGUACGUCGUCAAUGCCACGUCCGUGGAUGAUGUGGCAGCGGCAGUGAAGUUUGCGGCCGAGUACAAUCUCCGCCUGCGGAUUAAGAACACCGGCCACGACUACAGCGGUCGGUCAUCGGGCGCCGGCUCCUUGUCUAUCUGGACUCACCACAUGGACGAUACCGAAGGCGUGCCAGACUUCCUUCCCGCUGGCUGCGACUUGAACUCUUCAUACGCUCUUUCAGCUGGUCCCGGUGUGGAUGUCGAGGCCUUGAACAUCUGGGCAGGGGAGAAUGGCAGGGUCACUAUCGGUGGGACGACCGCUACAGUUGGAGCUAUGGGUGGAUAUAUCCUCGGUGGCGGCCUCGGCCCUCUGGCUACUCACUUUGGCAUGGGAGUUGACAACGCGCUGCAGUUCCAAGUUGUCACCGCCGAUGGCAGCAUCAAGAUCGCGAAUGAAUGCACCAACGAGGACCUAUUCUGGGCCUUGCGUGGCGGUGGAGGCACUUUCGGGGUAACCACUCGGGUGUGGAUAAAGACCUACCCUGCGCUGGCUGCUGUCAACGUCGUCGCUGGAGCCAUAGGCUGCGAGAGUCGAGCCUCAUACGAGCAGCUCAUUACCAACCUGAUUGACGCACAACAGCAGCUGCGUGAUCUGGGGCAUGCCGGCCUUUGGUCAUGUUCUGGAGACGAUCUGGGGUACUCCAUCAUGUCCCUGGUCGCUUACCAAGACGAGGAGUCGGUGGCGAGCGCCAAAGUCAGCCUAGGUGAUUUCGACGACAUCAACAACGUCACAGGGUGCACACCCCAAUUCACAGCGGAGCAGUUCGCGGGCUCAUCAUCUUACAACGAUGCCUAUCAAGGUCUCAUCUGGCCCGCCGUCGACUCUGGGACCCCUGUUGGCAUUAACUUGCAGGUGUUCAGCCGGCUGAUCUCAUUUGAAACGAUGGACAACAAUUUGCAGAGCAUCAAGGACUACAUCUUGGCCCUGCCGUCAUCCAUCCCGAUUAUCUGGCAGAAUCAUGUGGGAGGCGUGACACAGGACAUUGCUGGUGACGCCACCUCGGUACACCCCGACUGGCGUAACGCUUUUGCAUUCAUCGACACAUCCAAUUUUGGCUCGUGGAGCGGACCCACUGCCGAGCAGAACGAGACCUCGGAGGCUAUCGUGGCAAACAUGACGACAACCUUUGGCACAGCCGCCUACUACAACGAAGCCUACGGCUACGAGGAGAACUGGCAAGAGUCGUACUUCGGCUCGAAUUACGACCGACUUCUGGAGAUCAAGAACGCCGUCGACCCCGACGGCGUCUUUAGCUGCCGCAUGUGCGUGGGAAGCGAGGGCGGAUUCUGA